GGGAACGGUUCCUCUGCUCCUCGACACCGCCCGCCCGAUGCCCCGGUCAUUUUCCUCAUCGCUCAUUUCGAUUCCAACGCCACCCAAUUGUGCCCCUCCUAUCGUCGAAGAAUUGAUCACUACGAGCAUCCGUAGAAGAGGAACCGCGAUCAUGUAGGUAUUGUUUUCUCGAUUUGAUUCAUUCCUGUUGCUCUCCGUAAGAGAAGAAUUUGGCGUGAUCGGAACCUACUCGGUUGUCCUGGUAGUAAUUGUUGCUGCUAAUCUUGUUCCUCGGAUUAUGUCGGGGGGUUCCUUUCUUUGCGCCUUCUUUGAAUGAUUUUGACGUGUACGUCUAGUCUCACUGCAGCGCACUUGUGGAUCGUGGCUCACGGCGGAUCGAGCUCUAUGUUUAGAUUAUAAAAGCACGCUGUCGCAAGAUCCCUUUAUUCAUGAGUGAACUUUCCUGAUCAAGGCACACACAGGUUGAUAAUCAGCGCAGAAGCAGAACCAUUUGAUUAAUUUAUUGAGUUUUUAUUUUCCAGCAGUGGCUGGUGAACUUCUUGUUUGUACUGUGGUGCUCAAGUCAAAUGGGAAACUGCAUAAGAAAGAAUGUGAGAAAUAGUGGCAAUGAAGAUGAGGUAGAUUUUCGAGGUGGAAAUGUGCAUGUAAUAACCAGCAAAAGUGACUGGGAACAGAAGAUUGCAGAAGCAAACAAGGAUGGCAGGAUAGUUGUGGCAAACUUCAGUGCAACUUGGUGCAGUCCAUGCAGGACGGUUGCACCUGUUUACAGGGAGCUAUCUGAAAAGUAUCCUUCACUGAUAUUCGUGACAAUAGAUGUGGAUAAUUUGAUGGAUUUUUGUUUGUCGUGGGACAUCUCAGCAACCCCCACAUUCUUCUUUCUGAAAGAUGGGCAGCAGCUGGAUAAGCUCAUCGGUGCCAAUGGGCCUGAGCUUGAGCAUAAGAUACGCUUGCUGGAUCAAUCAUGCCAAGCUCCAACUGAUGCUACUCUCCCGCUACGAUGAAGAAAGAAGGCAAAACUUUUAGGUUCAGUUCAUAGAUUGUAUUUGCUAUUUGGUGGGCCUAUUGUUCCACCAUCUAAUGCUGGUUUGGUAACACCACUAGGGAGGGAGGCCAGGAAACGAUAUGGAUGUAGUUGCAUUACCAGUGAGUUAGCAUAGUAAAGCAUGAUCUUAAGUGAGCAAUAUUUUGACAAGGGACAAGAUUUGAAGAGGCCAAGUCAGUGUAGAGCUUGGUGAUCAAUUCCUUCUAAAAGCAAGUUAUCUUUGUGAUGUGGGAUUCCAUGCGGCAAUGUAUUUAGCAGGUUUUGCUUGUCAACAAGUGGAUCAAAGCGUUUAAUAGUGUAAAUAAAUCAUUUGCAACAUGUAUAUAUUGCAACUAGACUCGUAUACGCUGCGAGUAGAAUUGCGAUAUGAAAUAUCUCUCUUUGUUCUCUCGUGCAUUAUAUUA